AUGAUGUACUCUGAGGAAAACGGGUGUGGCGGUUAUCCGUUGGAUAAUACUUCCAUGAUGAGCCAUCCUUCAGCUAGUUAUGACAUGAAUCCCUAUUGGAAUACUCCGUUACAGCCGAAUCCUUAUGUUCUUCCUCAAGCACCCACCAUGACCUCUAGUUACAAUAGCGGACUGUUACCAAUGUCAUCGAAUGCCGACGAUGAAUACACUAGGUCGUUGUCAGUAGUUUCUUCGCCAGCAUAUCCAGUACCAGUUCCAGCUUCAACUGCUCCCGCUGGUGGCGAUGUUGUUGAAAUAGGAAAAAUGUAUGAUGCUGAUCCAUCAAGUACAGUAUCUUCGGUUGUUCCGCCAGUACCUCCAACGAUGUACGCACAUCCAACUGCUCCAUGGGCUCCAACUUACAUUCCUCCUUCAUACGUUCCCACUUCAGAUAAUAAACCCUUACACGAUCCAGCAGCAUCACAAUUUAUGUCCAAUGAUGAAGUUUUAAGACGUGACGAAUUGGCAACUGCUAUUCGUCCGGCACCAGUGCCUUUUUACCCUCAUCCCAUUCAGGGAGGAGUAGACAACAUAUCUCUAACAGUUUUGAGGUCAAGGUUGAGACGAGUCGUAAUUAACAUACACUCAGAAAGUGAUAUUAAAUAA